AUGGGGAUGAAAAUCUGUAUCUCAGUGCCUCAGAAGCCUGUAAAGGAAGCCAAGCAGAGGAAAUCCAACAGGAGUCAAGUCAUCUUCUUGCCUUCCUAUGGCAGUAACAGGAGUACCGAGUUCCGGAGGACUGCCGAGCAGGAGGAACACAUCAAGUUGGUACACCCAAAAGCAUCCCAGCCAGGGUGGAAACUCUUUGUGUUGGAAUCCUGGAAUGGCUCUCAGGGCCUGGAUCUGUCUGUGGCUCGAGCCUCUUGUGCGGCCUCUGGUGCUCACCUUGCUACGGCAGCAGAGCUGCGCAGAGCAGUGCUGGAAUGUUCCUUUGCCACGUGCACCACAGGCUGGCUGGCAGAUGGCACCGUCGGGACGACGGUGUGCGGCAAGAUGAAUGGGGAGCAGCCGAGUAUGAAAGCCGUGGAUGUGAAAAUUGAAAGCGAGCUGAUUCCCGGCAACAGAUAUGAUGCCCUUUGUGUCAAGGAUGAAGACAAACCAUGUGGGGAUCCCCCUUCCUUCCCUCACACCAUUCUACAUGGCCAUACUGGAUUUGAGAUGGGGGAUGAGCUGCUGUACGUCUGUGCCCAGGGCUAUGUCAUGGGUCACAAAGAGACUGCCUUCACCUUGCUCUGUGACAGCUGUGGGGAGUGGUAUGGACUGGUACAGGCCUGUGUGAAAGAUGAAGCUGAAACACAUAUCGACUAUGAAGAGAAUUUCCCUGAUGAUAGAUCAGUGCCACUUACAGAUCACAAGAAGGACCAGAGUAAGGAGGAAGAGAAGGAGGCUGGGGACCUGGAAGAAGCCUCUGACAAACUAAAGCAGGGUUAUUCCAUCUCUGUUUCUCUAGGGAGAGAAAGCAUGGCUGGGGACAAGGACAUAAAGAUGAGGGGCCUGCCAGGAGAAGGCAGUGCUCCCACAGAAUCCCCGGUCUCCUUGCUGAGCCAGAAACAUUUAUUUUGGUUUCCAGCUGAGGGUUUUCAUGAGCCUGAGUUGGAGAAGGAGAUGAUAGAGGAGAAUGCCCAGAGGCAUUUUUCAGAUGGAGAUAACCAUAUUGGAGUGAAAUCAAGACUCCAUGAGCCAGGUACCAAAAUGAUCUAUGACAGUGCUGACUUCCCCAUUGGACCAACCCUUGGCAGGAAUGACAGCAAGGUGGGGGAACACAUUGUGAGCAGCAGUGAUGAGUCCUGGUUAGAUGGCUACCCUGUAACUGAUGGGACAAGGGAGGAAGAAGAAGAUGAUGAAGGGGAUAAGGGAGAUGGGUCAGUGGGUCUGGAUGAAAGUAUUCUGGUUAUGACUGACCAGCCCAACCAUGUAGAAGUAAAAAAAUCCAGCAGUACCAUGUUUACUAUAGGUGACGAUAUAACCCAGUUGACUGUCACUCUGAUGAGAACAUUGGACUAUGAACCAGUGACCUUCACACCUACUACUGCCCCUGAGAAUGUGAGUCCCAGCAAAGGAGUGAGUGACAUGGUCACAUAUCAGUCCACUGUGCCUUGGGGAUUUGCAACGGAUGAAUCUCCGUUGUCCACUUUACUCUAUGACCUUACCAACUCAACCCCAGGGACAAUGACGAUAGCAGAUCCCCAACCCCUUGACCAUAUCCCAUCACCCAGAGAUGCUGAGGCAGAUGCCACUACUCUUCCUCCUGCCCAGACCACCAUGCUCAGCACCCAUAGCAGCUUCCCAGACUCACCCUCUGAGGGAUUCAUGGAGCAAGAGCUUCCCACCUCAAGCAUAAAAGAAGAGCCUCUUCCAACCACUGAGUCUUGUGUGGGAGAGGAUUGCUCAAGCGUCAGUAAAGGCCCCGUAAUUGCUGUCAUAGUGAUUGUUCUGUGUUUGUUGCUGCUGCUGGGGGUUAUCAGUGCUGUGUGGUGCUACAGAAGGCGACAGCAGAAGAGCUCUGUGUAUAAGCUGAAUGGCAAAGGUCAGAUGCGGCACUAUCACCAGCAGAUUGAGAUGCAGAAGGUCUAACUGCCACCAAUG